AGUGCUGUGAGUCAGGAGAGAGACUUAGCCCAACAGGAGAAUAUACGCCUCCAAGGCAAACUGGAGAACCUCGAGCAGGUCCUCAAGCAUUUGCGAGAGGCUGCUGAGAGGAGGCAGCAGUUGGAUGAAGAGCAUGAGCAGGCCCUGGCUGUCCUCACCACCAAGCAGCAGAAUAUCCACCUUCUGCAUAGGGCUCAGGUUGAAGCUGAGAGAGAGCAUGAGGGUGCGGUCCACCUGUUAGAGGUCAAGGUUCGCGACCUGGAGCAGAAAUGCAGGUCACAGACUAAACCGUUUGGCCAAUUGUCCAAUAGCCUGGAAGAUUUCCUUCUUGAGGCGGAUACUGUGGACAUCCUCAGCACUGAGUCUUUCUCCAAACACAAAAUUCACCUUUCCCCGGAAAGUAAACUCUCCCAAAUCCUCAACGGACUGGCCGCCCAGGCAGGGAAAGGCAAUGAGAGCUCGGCAAACACUCAGCUGAUAUCCAAGUUCCUCCGUCCACUGCAGAUUGUAGACAGAGACAGGCCGGAGCUGCUAUCUGUCAAUCCCACCGCCGUGACAACGAGCUGCCCCAGCAGCCCACGACGGGCGACCCCCUCAGAGAUGGAGGAUGAGGUCAGCCCUGCGCCCAGGUCCAAGCCUCGCUACACCGGCACGGUCCGUCUCUGCACUGCCCGCUACAGUUACAAUCCUUACGAUGGACCAAAUGAGCAUCCAGAGGCAGAGCUCCCCCUGGUGGCUGGGAAGUACCUGUACGUGUAUGGCACCAUGGACGACGACGGCUUCUACGAAGGGGAGCUACUGGACGGCCAGCGAGGGCUGGUCCCGUCCAACUUUGUGGAGUUUGUCCAAGACAAGGAGAAACCAUCCCUCCAGCCAGGGGACAUAGAGGAAGACCAGGGCUCUCUGGACCAUACCACCCUUGGCCUGAUGGGGGUGGAUGGAGGGGCCCCUCAGGAUGGGCUACUGGGUUCCACCAACCCCCUGGGCCCCUGCAGCAACGGCACAGGGCCCCUGGACCCUGAGGAUCUGGUCGAUGACAUUGUGCCUUACCCCCGGAAGAUCACCCUGAUCAAGCAGUUGGCCCGUAGCGUCAUUGUGGCCUGGGAGACACCCAUGGUGCCUCUGGGCUGGGGAAACAUCAGCUGCUACAACGUGCUGGUGGAUGGCGAGGUGCGUGCCAGCGUACCCUACGGCGGCAGGACCAAGUCGUUGUUGGAGAAGCUGGAUCUGGACACCUAUACGCACCGCGUGUCCGUACAGAGUGUGACAGACAGGGGCCUGUCGGACGAGCUGCGCUGCACCCUGAUGGUGGGAGCCAACGUGGUGGUGGCGCCGUACAGACUGCGUGUGGACGACAUCCUGCGCGACUCAGCCGAGCUCUCCUGGUUGCCCAGCAACAGUAACUAUGGGCACACAGUGUUCCUGGACGGGGCGGAGCAUGCGGUGGUGAAGCCGGGGAGGUACAGGCUGCGCUUUGUUAACCUCAAGGCCAUGACAGUAUACAAGGUGAGGGUGGUGGCCCGGCCACACCAGGUGCCAUGGCAACUGCUCAUGGAGCAGAGGGAGAAGAAGGAGGCUGCUGUGGAGUUCUGCACACAAGCUGCUGGCCCCCCAUUACCCCCUCAGGAGGUGCAGGUGCAGUGUGGCCAUGCCCCGGGGGUCCUGCAGGUGCGCUGGAAGCCCCCUAUCCUCUCACCCACUGGAACCUCCAAUGGAGCCAGCGUCAUCGGAUACGCAGUCUGCACUAAAGGACAGAGGAUAGCGGAAGUGUUGUACCCUCUGGCUGACUAUGUGACAGUGGAGCUGAACAGGAUCCAGUGUCUGGAGGCCAGGGAGGUCAUCGUCAGGACGUUAUCAGCACAGGGAGAGUCCCAGGACUCCCACAUUGCCCCCAUUCCAAGCAACCUACUGUUGCCUCCUCCUCAUCCUGCCCCCCUGUCCCUUCCACACCCACACGCAGGGCACCCUCCACCUCACCCCCACGCCCCCCCACCCCAUCUCCAGUCGCCUCACCUCCCCCACCCCCAACUACCCCCGCCUCACCCCCAACAGUCCUCAGCCCCAGCCACACCUCCAACCCCUGCCCCCUCAUCCCGUCCCCCAGCCUCACCGACAGCCUCACCCCGCUCACCCUGGUGGUCCCCCACAGCCCCAGCCUCUGCACCUCCAGCCUCAUCCGCCCCACACAAUGCCCCAGCACCGCCUACCACUGCUGCCCCACCCGCCCCCCAGCUCCACCAGAGACCAGUAAGUGCCAGAGACCUGGAAGCCAAAGAGCAGGUGGUCCACCUUGGGGGCGUCCCCAGCCAGCCCUGGGACCCUGCCUGCUCCCCCUCCGCCCAGCCUCCUCCUGCCCCCAUGCACGGGCACACCCUGGAGGCGCCCCUCUCUGCCAACCACCGCUCGCCCUCCCCCCAGAGGAUCCUGCCCCAGCCCAGGGGCACCCCCAUCCCAGACCAAAUGGCCAAAGCCAUCGCCCGCGAGGCAGCACAGAGGGUGGCUGCGGAGAGUGGCAGAAUGGAGAGGAGAGUCGUCUACAAUGAGCAGGGCCAGGCCUUCCACCAACAGAACUCAGACGAGGAAGAGGAGGAUGAGGAAGGGUAUGGUCGCAGCCGCAGGAGACAGGGGGCCUCAGUAGAUGAGUUCCUCAGAGGGUCCGAGCUGGGCAGGCUGGCUCACUACAGCCACAGUGAGGAGUACCACAGUGAUAGCAGCCGGGGCUCUGACCUUUCUGACAUCAUGGAGGAGGAUGAGGAGGAGCUCUACUCUGAGAUGCAGCUGGAGGAGGGACGACGACGCAACUCCCACAAUGCACUAAAGAUUGGGAACACCCGCUCUGGGGGUCGGCUGGAUCGGGAGACGGGGAGAAGAACACCCAGGGACGGUCCGCAGCCCCAGAGACGCCCUCUUAUGGUGCCCUCCAUUGAGAUAACCACAGAGAGUAACAGUGAUGGGAACCUCACCCCCGUCACGGAGGAUGUUUACUAUGGCAGUGUAGCACGGCACAGGACGUGGUCGCCCCGCCGAUGCCCCACAGGUGCCAAGCCUCCCUAUAAUGGUAAUGCUGCAGUUUCUCCCUCGCUCCUUCACCAAAGCACAGCCAAAAGCCACCAGUCAAGGGAGGGAUACAGGGACCGGGAACGUCGCUCCCCUCCUAACUACGAUGAGUCGGAACCUGAAGAAUCGUUCCGGAUCUUUGUGGCUCUGUUUGACUACGACCCCCUGUCGAUGUCUCCCAACCCGGACGCAGCAGAUGAGGAACUGCCCUUUAAAGAGGGCCAGAUCAUCAGGGUAUAUGGUGAUAAGGACACAGAUGGUUUCUACCGAGGGGAGAUCAGGGGAGGCAGGAUGGGGCUCCUGCCCUGCAACAUGGUGUCAGAGAUCAGGGCUGAGGAUGAGGAGACCAUGGACCAGCUCAUCAAGCAGGGCUUCCUCCCGCUCAACACACCAGUGGAUAAAGUAGGAAUAGGGCAGGACAGACGAGGCCUCCGCCAGCACCAGGCCACCAGGAGGAUGGUGGCCCUCUACGAUUAUGACCCCAGAGAGAGCUCCCCUAACGUGGAUGUGGCGGCUGAGUUGACUUUCUGUGCUGGUGACAUCAUCGCUGUAUUUGGAGAGAUUGAUGAAGAUGGAUUCUACUAUGGUGAAAUCAAUGGCCACCGCGGCCUCGUCCCCUCCAACUUUCUGGAAGAAGUGCCUGAUGACGUGGAGGUGUACCUGACGGACACUCCAUCCCGCUACGCCCAGGACGAGACAGCCAACCGGGCCGAGGCCAAAAGGGUAACCACGGAUACCACAGAGAGCACGGCCCCGCCUGUCCGAGUGGCAUCCCCCAUGGUGGGUCCCCUGUGUCCCCCAGGCACCAUGCGGCCCAUCAGCCCCACCAGGGGCCCCAGGGACCUCCGAGACAACAAAAAGAAAAAAGGACUGCUCUCCAAGGGGAAGAAACUGCUCAAGAGACUCUCUCCGGUUAAAUAAACUGUUCCCAGCUGACCCCAGAACAGAUACUGGGCCCAGCACUGUACAUCGCAUACAGUACAUGCAAUCAAAUCAGCCGAUCGUACGGCACACAACUACAAUGGCAACAUGUGUGCGUAUGUAUUACAGGACAAUAUAUGUGAGCCUAAUCUAAUAUAUUCAGUGAUACAACAUGUUCUAAUGAUUAAUACACAUACUUACAUGUACUUCGUGCCAAAUUCAAUGAGACCUUUGCUCACACAUACUGUAUAACUGUGAUAUAUUUGAGGUGGAGAAAAAAAAAGGAGUACAAACUAGGAUUUUCAUGACAUGGAUUUUUAUUACCGCUGUUUUCUUUAAUCAAAUGGAGAUCAGAACGAUGCUGAUAAGGCAUUUGUGUGCAUUUGUUUCAAGCAGGGUAACAUAAGAGUAGCCUAUUAUUUUUUGUUACAAAUCUUACGUUUCUAGAUGGUUUCCAUAGCAAUUGUGCAAUUAUAAGUUCUAACAGACAUGACGUGGCAAAAAACAUCAAUGUUGUGAUAGUGAGAUGUCAAUACUAGGAGACAGACCAUACUCCUGAAACACUGGAGCAACAAUUCAACUAUUGAUGGCAUUCUGUCAGUAAUGCUGGCUGCUAAUACAGAGGCUUUGAACAGUUCAAUAUAUCACAGACAGGAUGGUGACAAAGGGUUGAAUCACUCACAGAACCUAGAAGUCUAUAGGGUGGUUGGCCACAGGGCAUUACAGCAAGGAGAGGGAGCUACAUUGGAUAAGACGUUUGAACCAUCUCAGUGGCCUUUAUGAAAGCAAUUCUAGCAUAACUUUCCUCAUUUUCUAUGGUUGAACAAGGCUGUUUUUAGACUUACACCAGUCUUUGCCAAGAACCCCUAGUGCAUCUCUGCAGCUUUGUUUGAUAAAAAUCACAAAUAGAUGUUUGUUUGUUUCAUUGCUGUCCAACUGUCAUGAAACGCCUAGUUAAAGACAACCUUCUGUGUUUGCCUUCCAAUUGCACAAAGGUGUGUGUUUUGUCUGAUGAAUGGAAAAGCAGUAGUUCUCGGUGUGUAUGGAUGUGUUGAGGGUGUAGGCAAUGUGUGUGAGUUUGUGUACUCAGUGUGCAUUCAUGUCUGUGCAUCCUUUUUUUAUUUUUAAAGAGGACAAGUAGUUGAGUCAUGUGAUCUUAGUGGUGUGCUGCCAACUACAUUGCCGGUGUGAUAUUCAGUUAUGUUACCCGCUCAGCCAUUUCAGUAAAGAUGUCUAGGUGUGCUCAAGAUUCUGCACCGUUUACUUGUUUACACUCUUAUAGACCUUGUGGCUAUUUUUGAAGUCAAGGGAAACGGAUGGAUGACCGACAUACUGUACCUACAACCUCUAAACCAGUAGUCAUGUGGCUUAUGGGAUAAAUGAGUGCUAGGAUGCAUCCAGCUGAUCCAUUAACUGGAGAGGCUGUCAUAGCCUUUAGCAAAUGUUUGACACCUUUCAGAGCCCUACAUUAACCCAUUUUCAUAAACCAUGAUCCUAUUCUGUAAUAGUUUAACAUCACUUCAGUUGCUGUACAGCCACAAUUUGAUGGACAUAAUCAUAAUGGACAAUAUGUCAAUCCAUGACUCAAAAUGACAGUGUUUUAUUCUGACAGGGGGAGAUGUUUGAGUUGUACUGAGAGAGAAAGCAAGUCAGACAGACACCUAUCAGACAGGUUCUGUAAAUGCCCAUCAGUUAAGAUAUCUGAGUCAAGCGUAAUAUCCUGCUGUAUAAUGAUUACAUGGUUCUUCUAUGUUUAUUAAAAAAGAGAGAAAAUCAAAUGAUGGAUUGCCAAAAAGGAAUGUAUGAAAUGUUCAGCGGGCAAUUUUAUUAUUUGUCCAACGUUAUGCAUCCAUUCGUCAAAAG